CCCAGGAUAUGCAUGCUAACAACUACCUCUACCCAGACAAAGACUUUCUUAACUUCUCCUGUUAGCCCAAAAGGGCACUCCGUCUGCUCCCUGGCCCAGCCAGCAUGCUUAUUACCUGGGCCGUGGUCGUAGCUACGGCCACGGCCGUCUGCGCUACCUCUCCCUGGUCGUCACUUCUGUUGAAGCUGAAAGAUAGAAACGGCAGCAAUGCGGGACGCCAUCCCCUUCCAGACAUCGACCUGUUCCAGGACAUGUUCAUGGCACUGAGCGACAUGCAGGAUAAUUACUUCCAGCGUUGGCUCGGCACUUGGCCUCACGGGAUCGACUGGACCCGUGCCGUCAUGAGCACGCAUGUUGCCGCUACGCUCCGGACCAUCUCUGACGAACUCGAACUCAACCGUCCCAACCAAGGCGUAGAAUGUACCAGCAGAAAGGAGGAUGUCAUUGCCGGGUAUUUUGCGGACGUCAUUGCCUACUACUUCGCCGAGGACGCCUUUUCUCUCCGCAACCAAGCCUACGACGACAUGCUCUGGGUCGUGCUGGGCUGGCUUGAGUCUAUCCAGUUUAUCAAUGAGCACAGCAGGUUUCUCUCUGGUACGGCCUCCGCAGGGUUGGGAACCACCCCCGGGGCCGAGGCGUGGUAUGGAAGUCGCUGGAUACCCGCUUUCGCUCAUCGCGCGAGGAUAUUCUGGGAGCUUGCCGCCCGGGGAUGGGACACGAAGCUCUGCGGAGGCGGCAUGCUCUGGAAUCCGCGCCUCAUGCCGUACAAAAACGCCAUCACCAACCAACUGUUCAUCUCCGCCUCCAUUGGCAUGUACCUCCACUUCCCCGGCGACCCCAACGCCUCCCCCUUCGGCAGCGGUGCCAAUCCCACACUCACCGACAACCACCGCACAACAGAAUGGCCCCCCCACGACCCCAUCUUCGGCAGGGCCGCCCAGGAAGCCCACCGCUGGCUCGCAUCCUCCAACAUGACCAACCACCAGGGCCUCUACGCCGACGGCUUCCACAUCUCGGGCCACCACUCCGGCGGCAACAACACGAACUGCGACGAGCGCGACGAGAUGGUCUACACCUACAACCAGGGCGUAGUCCUAACUGGCUUACUCGGCCUAUACCAAGCCACCGGCGGCCCGGCGCGGGAGCACUACCUGCGCGAGGGCCACACCUUAAUCCAGAACGUGAUCCGCGCCACGGGCUACGACCUCGCCCGCAACCGACCCAUCGACGACGGCCGCGACCCCACCCGCCCCAUCCCGCCCUGGCGCGGCCUCGGCCGCCUCGGCGUGCUCGAAGAGGCCUGUGACGCCCUGGGGUCCUGCUCCCAGGACGCCCAGACCUUCAAGGGCAUCUGGAUGCACCACUUCGCCGCCUUUUGCGCCCCGGGCGCCCUGCUGCGCUCCCGCGCCGCCGUCGCCACACCCGCCGGAGCGGAAGCGGAAGCGGAAGCCGAAGCGGAAGCCGAGGCCGUCCGCGCCAGGCAUGAGGCCGAUUGCAGGCGGUACGUGCCCUGGCUGCGGCACAACGCGCGCGCGGCGCUGGGCACGCGCGACGCGAGGGGCCUGUUUGGCAUGUGGUGGACCGCGGGGCUGCUGAGGCUUGCCGCCGUGGAGGCCGAGAUGGUGGAGGCGGCGGCGGCGGCGGCGGAGGAGGAGGAGGAGGGUGAUGGCCAGGUGGUGGAUUACCGCAACUUGGGCGUGCCCAUGGAUGAGGUGUGGAUGCGCGAGGUGGAUCUCCCGCGGCCCGUGCCGAUGCCGAGUCUGGAGGAAGAGGGGGAGGGGGGACAGAAACCCCUGACUGGAGGUACGGGUGGGUUGGGUGGACGGGACCGGGAUAACAAGACGGAUCCUAUGAUGGGGGGAAGUGGUGUGGAUUCGGAUAAGGCGGGUGUUUGGGACCCUAAUCUUCGCGGGCGAGGAAGGACGCUGGAGACGCAGGGCGGCGGGUUGGCGGUUCUCAGGGCGUUAUGGGUCGUUUCGGGUCAUGAGCUAUGAUGGCGUCUGUUGGAGGGGGGUUGGGUUGUGGUACACAUUGGUAUGGGAUGGCAUGGCGUGGCUACCUAUGGAAUA